UGGGAGCGGGGCUCCAGCGCGGACACCCGCUGCCCGGCUCGCUGCCCUGCGCUUCCAGCCCGGCCGGCGGGCGGCUACCUGCGGGGAGGUGGCGAUGGAGAAGAGUUAGUGCAGUCACCGCGCUCCAGUGGCCGGGGAGAGGGCCGGGCCGGGCCGGCUGGUGCGAGGGACCUGCUGCCCUGUCGCCGAGAAGCGGCUGAGUGACCGACCGGCCGAGAGCGGCGGAGGGUGCGCGCCUGUGUGGUCCCGUCCCCCGCCGGCUCCUCCCGCGGGCGGGCGGACGGGCGGGCGGCCGGCGCUGCGGUGGUUACCGCCUCCCCCUGAAAAUGAAGAGGUGGUGGCAGCUGCUGCUUCGGGGUCUGGCUGCCGGGGGGAAACCUGGAUAGAGGCUCGUAAAGAAGGGUGAAGAGAAAGUCGCAGCUUUCCGUUGUUUUUAAAAGGAUUGUCCUACGUGGCUGUUUUAUAACUGGUGGAGGAAGGAAGGAUCCCUCUCAAGCGUUUCUGAUAUGACAGCUUUGGUUUCUGAAGAGUUAAGUGGUGUUUGCAUGAUACACCUAUUGCUAGUCUGGUAGCGGACUUUUCAUCGUUUUAUUUGCUUUUUUUAUUAACUGGGGCUGGUGGAGAGGGCUCUCUUGGUCAGAAGAAUAUUUGCACAUAUAUAUUUGUAUAUAUUUUUGGUGGGGUUCUCCCCACAUUUUACUCUUUCUUGAUGACUCCUGGAGGUGGUAGUGGGCCCAUGAAAGACUGUGAAUACAGUCAGAUCAGCACACACAGCUCUUCGUCUCCCAUGGAGUCUCCCCAUAAGAAAAAGAAAUCAGUUCCCAAGAGAAAAUGGGAGGUUUUUCCUGGAAGAAACAAAUUCUUCUGCAAUGGGAGGAUCAUGAUGGCUCGACAGACUGGAGUCUUCUACCUGACUCUUGUUCUCAUCUUGGUCACCAGUGGACUCUUCUUUGCAUUUGAUUGCCCGUAUUUGUCAGAGAAGAUUACCCCUGCUAUUCCUGCAAUUGGUGGGAUCCUUUUCUUUUUCGUGAUGGGGACCCUGCUGCGCACUAGUUUCAGUGACCCUGGUGUCCUCCCCCGCGCAACACCAGAUGAGGCAGCAGAUCUAGAGAGACAAAUAGGUAACACCGAAGAUAUAGCAAAUGGCUGCAGUUCAGGAGGAUAUCGUCCCCCUCCCAGAACAAAAGAAGUGAUCAUCAAUGGACAGACAGUGAAACUAAAAUAUUGUUUUACUUGCAAGAUUUUCCGCCCACCUCGUGCCUCACAUUGCAGCCUUUGUGAUAACUGCGUAGAACGGUUUGAUCACCACUGUCCCUGGGUAGGCAACUGUGUGGGGAAAAGAAACUACAGAUUUUUUUAUAUGUUUAUUUUAUCUCUGUCCUUUCUGACAGUCUUUAUAUUUGCAUUCGUUAUCACCCACGUCAUCCUUCGUUCUCAACAAACAGGGUUCCUCAAUGCUCUGAAGGACAGUCCUGCAAGUGUGCUGGAAGCUGUGGUAUGUUUUUUCUCAGUAUGGUCCAUUGUUGGCCUCUCAGGUUUUCAUACGUAUUUGAUCAGCUCCAAUCAAACAACAAAUGAAGAUAUUAAAGGAUCAUGGUCAAAUAAAAGAGGUAAAGAAAACUAUAAUCCCUACAGUUAUGGCAACAUCUUUACUAAUUGCUGUGCUGCUCUCUGUGGGCCCCUCUCUCCAAGCUUAAUUGACAGAAGAGGAUUUAUACAGCCAGAUACGCCGCAAUUAGCAGGACCAUCAAAUGGCAUUACCAUGUACGGGGCCACACAAUCUCAGAGCAACAUGUGUGACCAAGAUCAGUGCAUUCAGAGCACUAAAUUCGUUUUGCAGGCUGCUGCCACCCCCCUCCUACAGAGUGAGCCAAGCAUAACUAGUGAAGAGCUCCCUUUACCAGGAAAGACUUCUCUCAGUGGGCCUUGUGCAACUCUGACUCUAGGGCAACCAACACCACCAUCUUCUAUGCCUAAUCUCACAUCAGAUUCAGGUCUGACAGACAUCAUACCAUUAAAAGAGGAGCACGAAGGCCACCAGUUCCUGACUCCUGAAGAAGCGCCGUCGCCGCCCGGGAUGCUGUCCAGCGGGAGCCCCAUCGCGCACAGCCGCACCAUGCACGUCCUGAGCCUGGCCAGCCAGGACUCGCUGCACGAGGACUCCGUGCGCGGCCUCGUGAAGCUCAGCUCAGUUUGAACAGCUUUUCUGAACACCACACUGUGUCCUGGUGUCUCUGCAAAUCUGUGCUUGACAGGAAUGACACUGCAGUACCACUGUAAGGCUUCGUAAUAUGCCUGUAACGGAAACUUUGUCACUUAAUGGAGUCUACUAAAAGGACGAGUGAUUUUUUUCAAUGGAGCUAUGGCAUUUUUUUGGCCAGGUUGUUAACGGUUGUGCUUUGAUGGUGACUGCAUUUUACUUUUAAAUAAAACCAGAAAAGGUCAAUAAUCUCGUUUCCUGAAGCUUGGGUACAGCAAGUCGGAAGUCAGCCUGUAGCAAACACCAUGUACAGUACAAAAGAGAGAGAUUCUUGGAUGUAAGUGUCAUGCUCUGUGUUCUAUGCUCUUGUAAUACACACUUGUUGCGGCUUACCACACCUGUGGCCAGAAUGAUCUGCACUUACAUGUUAUGCUACCAAUAUUUGAGAUAGAAAAUUGCCAUUCCAUUUGUUAAUACAAAACAAAAAAAAGAACUGCAGAUGUGGAUUUGCAUGCCACGCUACAGUAUGUGUUACAGUGGUGUUGGUAUUAAGAGAAAGUGCUGCUUUUUUAUUUGUGACUUUCAAAGUGCUGUUUCGUUUAAAGACAGUACAGCAAACAAAUGAAUGGACUAUAUUUUUUGAAUUUAUUAAAUUUUAUUUUAAAUUAAUCAGUGGUGCCUAGAAGAUGAUGAAUUACUGAUUUGAUCAUGUUGCAUAUCAUUUAACCUUCUGUUUAAGUGUUUAAGUGAGAUAUUGUGUUGUGCCAUACCACAAGAUUCUUCCACUCCCUAAUGUGAUACAAUUACCUGUGGACCUCCAAUAAAAUGACAUCCUCUA